CGAUUUUUUUAUGCAAACUGGACAAGGAGACGUGGCGAGUUGAGAGAGUGACGGCGAGGACUUGUUGGAAACUCUACUCCGCCGUGGGACCAGUGGUAACUAAAUGGAGAAGCCCUCUCUGAACGGUGAGGACCGGGCGUGGCUAGGGCAGAGCCAGUCCCAGGCUGAGCUGACCAGUGCAGACGAUGCAGAGGGAGGAGAAGCCAGCCCCACAGACCGCCCCGCCUGGGACUCAAAGCUCCAGUACGUACUGGCUCAAGUGGGCUUCAGCGUGGGCCUGGGCAACGUCUGGAGGUUCCCCUAUCUCUGUCACCAAAACGGAGGAGGAGCCUUCAUGCUGCUUUAUGUUUUCCUUUUGCUCAUCGUGGGGGUACCUCUGUUUUUCAUGGAGCUAGCCGCAGGUCAGAGCAUCCGGCAGGGCAGCAUCGGCGUUUGGAAGCACAUCUCGCCCAAACUGGUCGGCAUCGGAUACUCCAGCUGCAUGGUUUGUUUCUAUGUGGCUCUAUAUUACAAUGUCAUCAUCGCCUGGAGCUUGUUCUACCUGGGUAAUUCAUUCCAGUAUCCUCUGCCCUGGCACCAGUGUCCCAUAGAUGUCCACACCAAUGAAACAGUUAAAGAAUGUGCCAAAAGUUCUCCCACGUCGUACUUCUGGUUCCGGAAAGCCCUGAACAUCACAAACUCUAUCAAUGAGUCUGGAGAAUUCAAUCUGAUCAUGACGGGUUGUUUGCUCGCUGCCUGGACGAUCGUGUCUCUGGCGAUGAUCAAGGGCAUUAAGUCAUCCGCAAGGGUAAUGUACUUUUCUUCAGUCUUCCCCUACGUGGUGCUCUUCAUCUUCCUCAUCAGAGGGUUAAUGCUAGACGGAGCCAUGGACGGAAUCACCUACAUGUUUUAUCCAAAGCUUGAGAUCUGGGGAAACGUGCAGGUCUGGCGUCAGGCUGCUACACAGGUGUUCUUCGCUCUGGGCCUGGGGUACGGCUCAGUCAUCGCUUACUCCUCCUAUAACCCCGUCAACAACAACUGCCACAGGGACGCCAUCAUGGUCUCUGGCAUCAACUUCAUGACCUCAGUCCUGGCUUCGCUCGUGGUUUUCGUUGUACUCGGAUUCCGUGCCAAGACUAUAGCUCAAAACUGUGUGGCGAGUAAUCUUGGGCAGCUGAGCAUAAUGGCGACGCAGAGCUCCACACAGCACUGGUGGCCUUGGUUCAACAUCACAGACCCCAGCGCAGUGGCCAUAGACGAUUACAGGGAGUGGUACAGUCACUACAGAAGCAUGGUGGGCCCCAACAUCACCGACUGCAGCCUGGAGGAGGAGAUGAACAAGGGCGUGGAGGGCACCGGCUUGGCGUUCAUAGCGUUUACCGAGGUGAUGGCCCUGUUCCCGGGCAGUCCCUUCUGGUCCACCCUGUUCUUCCUCAUGCUGCUGAACCUGGGCAUGAGCACCAUGUUUGGGACCAUGCAGGGCAUCCUCACUCCACUCAUGGACAACUUCAGCCUGCUGGGACGCCACCGCACAUUGCUCACAGUGUCCAGCUGCGCUUUGGGCUUCAUUAUUGGACUGCUGUUUACCCAGAGAUCUGGAAACUACUUUGUAACCAUGUUUGACGACUACUCUGCCACUCUUCCACUGAUUAUUGUGGUGAUCUUUGAAACCAUCAGUGUGUCCUGGGUUUAUGGCACAGACCGCUUUAUGGAUGACAUUGAAGUCAUGCUCAAGUGGCGCCCUCCAGUGGUCUACAAGUAUCUGUGGAAAUAUGUCUGUGUUCUGGCCAUGGUAGGUCUUCUGGCUGCUAGUUUCUUGCGCAUGGUCUUCAAAGGGCCCACGUACACAUCCUGGAAUCAAGACACGGCCUCUGAGAAGACCCUGGAGUACCCAGGCUGGGCUUUGGCUAUGAUCGUCAUGCUCAUAGUGUUUGCCAGUCUGCCUGUCCCCGUCGCCUACAUCCACUCUCUGAUACAGAGCCGCAGGAUCCGCAGCAUGAACUCUGAGGAGAGGGAAAGCCCGGACAUGCAGAGGGAGCUGUACACCAAGUGUAACUCUGUGGAACAGCUCGACUUCAACCACCAGGGCCGUGCCCAAGAGCCAGAGACCCCCAGGGUAGGCCCCAUAUUCUUACCGGGGGGCCAUGAACUGUACCGGCUGCUGCCCCAGCAGGAGGACGAUGAGGAACAGGACACAGGGGUGUGAGACCUG